UCUCAUGCCUGCAUUGCCAGACUGCUGCAGAGGAAUCACUCAACAUGUGCUCUCCUCAAUUAGCUGAACCUUCUUCCUCGUCCCAUAGCUCACCUGCUCGACAAGUCGUGAAGCGGCGUAGAUCCGACCCUGUGAGUGAAUCUUGGCUCUACCGCAUGACCUGGCUUGACGGCCCGACCCUUCCCCCUCCCUCUCCCCUUUGAUAGGAAUUAAACGAUGUGUUGAUCAUCACGAAUGAAAACUCGAAUAUACCGACAAUCAUUAUCACACCCUGUCCCACGCUUCCUCGAGACAGGUCGUGUCUCGUCCCCUACCAAGACGUCUCAUUCGGCAACAGGCUUGCUGUGCCCAUGCACCCCGUUGUGAACGACGCGUUUCCACCAUUACUACCGAAGUCCGUGCCUUACGUCGAGCGGUGGCGCUUCAAGGAUGGCCAUUGGUGGGCUGUACUUCCCACACUCGAAGAGCAAGUAAAGCGGGGCAUGUUUUCUCGGCCUAUAACGCGACGGCGACGAUUGAGCCAGGAAUCGUGGACACGUCCGCACAGGAUACGCCGAGCAAUCCCGAAACAGUGAUGUCCACCUCGCGAUUUGUGCGGUGGUUCACGGUUGGGGAUUCCGACCGUUUUACCUUCCGGAUCUCUACCGACAGUCUCGAGGCUGUAGAGAGAUAUUGAUGCAUAUUGUUGCUGUCGGCUGUUUUGCGACUCCUGCCAUUGUCGCCUCUCUUCACAAAAACUCCCAGCCCAUAUACCCCACCCCACCCUCGUCACUUACUUGCGGUUGGCUAGCAACUCGCUGGUAACGCCACACUGGGCAUUGCAUUGGGCCUGCUUGCCUACUUCACUCCUUUGGACAUAUUGUAUCUUCAUCUCUUCGCAUCUGUGAUACCAUCUGUCACCCACUCUGUGUGUUGGCUAGUCGUUCGCCGGAUGUAUUGUAGCACUUUUUGUGUUGACGCAACUAGAGACUACACGAGUA